UCUGAGGAGCGACAUCUGUGUCUACAAGGGGCUCAGAUCCCUGGGCCUCACUCUCUGGCCCCACAGUGCUGGUUAGGACAGCCUGGUCUGGUUUCCCCGAGAAGCAAAGGGCGCCUGCCCCAGGAUUGUGGAAAUGGCUGUCCACUAACAAGACUAAGCUUACCCCAGCUUACUCCGAACACCUCUGGUGAUCCUCCAGGCUGAGAUCUGAGCGUGCUGGUAUCUACAAUGGCACCUAACUUAGUACCUGCAAAGGCCUGACCUGUCAGGCUGAAGUGAGAGUUGCUCAAGUACCCUCACCAAACUUCUGAUGACAAACCUGUCUCUUUCAGCAGUGUGCUCCUGAGAGUCUGCUGAGGAAUGAUGGGAAGUUGGCCCAGCAGAGGGAAAAGCCUUCCCACAAGCUCCAGCACCAUCUCCUCUGGUCCAGGCGAGGGACCUGUGUCCAUACAAGCAGAGAGAAGCAAGGUCACAGCGGUGGCCCUGGGCAGUUUUCCAGCAGGUGCACAGGCUGGACUGUCUCUGAGACUUGGGGAGCCGCUGACCAUCGUCUCUGAGGAUGGAGAUUGGUGGACAGUCAUAUCGGAAGUCUCGGGGAGAGAGUACCACAUCCCCAGUGUGUACGUGGCUAAAGUCUCCCAUGGGUGGCUGUAUGAGGGCCUGAGCAGGGAGAGAGCUGAGGAACUGCUCUUGUUGCCUGGGAACCCCGGAGGGGCCUUCCUCAUCCGAGAGAGCCAGAGCAGGAGAGGCUGCUAUUCCCUGUCCAUCCGACUCAGUCGCCCAGCAUCUUGGGACCGGAUCAGACACUACAGGAUACAGCGCCUUGACAACGGCUGGCUGUACAUCUCACCACGCCUCACCUUCCCCUCACUCCAGGCCCUGGUGGAUCAUUACUCAGAGCUGGCAGAUGACAUCUGCUGUGUGCUAAAGGAGCCCUGUGUCCUGCAGAAGCUUGGUCCACUACCUGGCAAAGAUAUACCUCUACCUGUGACCGUGCGGACGGCAUCACUCAACUGGAAGGAGCUGGACAGCAGCCUGUUGUUGGAAGCGCCUGCCAGCGGGGAGGCAUCUCUUCUUAGUGAAGGGCUCCGAGAAUCCCUCAGUUCCUACAUCAGCCUCACUGAGGAUAACUCCUUGGACGAUGCCUAGUCCAAACAGAAAGUAAAAG